CCAAAUCAAUAUAUAUUAAUGCAGCUCGCUUCGAUUAGGUUUAUUUCCAAUGUUUAUUCCAUUCGAAUUUGACGGUGUUCAAGUAAAGUUUUUGUUAUUCUCUUCGAUCGCUCAUUCAGUAGAAUAUUAUUCAACAUUCAUCGGUUCUUCAACUUGCUUCAGUUGCUGUUGAUUGGUGCUAAGUUUUUCGUCAAGACAUGGAAGUAGCUGUGUUGUUUUUAUGUUUUGGAGUCAUAUUAUGUGGUCCAACAACACCGGAACUAUGGGAUGAAUCAACAACAAUUACAAUAGAAGAUCAAAAAUCUACUCCGACUGAGGCUAUUGCACACUUGAGUUCCAUUGAAUCAACUGAAUCCUCAAAAUCUUACCCUGUUACAAUUGCUGAUUGUGGUCAAUGUGUGUUCGCCGUUAAUGACAUCUGCAUAUCGAAUUGCACAGAAACAACAACUGAAUUGAAGAUUGAGACAAAUGAGCUUGACCGUUCCGACGAGUCUUCAUCACCUGAACCCUCAGAACCUUCACCUAUCAGUACGACAGAAGACAUUUCCAGUUCCACGCUCUCACAGCUGUGUGAAGAAGACGAAUUUAAAUGUAGUACAGGAGGAUGUAUCUCACGGAGAUGGAUUUGCGACGAAGAUGAGGAUUGUGCUGAGGGAGACGAUGAAUUGAAUUGUUUGGAGAAUCAAUGUAGAGACGAUGAGUUCAAAUGCAGCACUGGAAAAUGUAUUCCGAGGGGAUGGAUCUGUGACUAUGGUGAAGACUGUCCCGAUGGAGAAGAUGAAUUGAAUUGCACACCCGAAACGACGACUGAAUGGAUCAAGCCAACUGAGCCAAAUAGUUCUGAUGAUUUCGAAUCUGAAACUGAAAUAUAUAAAUCAAACGAAGAAAUCGAUUCCGAUGAAGAAACUGCAUUCGAAUCAGAUAGUGAGCUCGCUCAUGUCGUUUACAAUACACCGCAGCCAUUACGUGUACGACUCUCCAAUCAAUAUACAGUUGAGCAGAACACUGACUUUACAUUGCCUUGUAAAGCCGUUGGAAAGAAGUUUGUUAAAGCGAUUUGGCAGAAAAUGUAUGACAAAAACCUUGGCCCAAACGUACAACAAAUUGGCAACGUGUUGAAAAUUAGCAAUGCACAACCCAUAAAUCAUGGUAUUUACCAAUGCACAAUCGAGGAAAAUUGUCAAAAUGCUACAGCUACUACCUUUAUUGCCAUUGAACCACGAAAGGUUCCAGUGAUUAAAAUCUAUCCGUCUGAAUCACAAGUGGUGGACGUAGGUCAACAAGUAAUGUUAGAUUGUCGCGUUAUGGCUGGAUUUCCGAAGCCAAACGUACAAUGGAUUCGUCGUGAUCUGAAACCACUUUCAUAUAGAAUUGAACAGCAAAUGCCAUGGCGUCCGGCUGGUUUAAUGAUCAUCAGAGAUAUAACUGUCGAAGAAGCUGGCGAAUAUGAGUGCCAAGCGUCGAAUAUCGCGGGAAAAGUAAGCGAAAUGAUUUCAAUCAUCGUCCAAGAACAACGGCCAGUCAUUUCCAUUUGGCCGAAUGUACAACAAAUGGACGUAGUCGAAGGCACACAAUUGGCUUUGUACUGUAGUGUGAAUGCAUCAACACCAUUGGAUGUGAAAUGGUAUGGACCUAAUACAAUCAGUUCAAGAAACGAAUAUGUGCCAAAUGGGAUCGUUCACUAUAAGCACAAUGUCAGUCGCAGCGAUGAAGGAAUCUAUGUCUGUCGUGCUGGCAAUAAAAGUGGAACUCAAAAGAAACAUAUCAAAGUUUCGGUUCAACCAAAGCUUGUUAUGAGCAAUACACCCUGAAUUGCACUUGCGACAAUCUCAAAGAAAAUUUCAAGCGAUUCAUGAUCAUCUCAAAUGGACAAAUGACACCCGACUUCUUGUUAUAAAAAUAUACCUUAGCAUGUUAGAUAUUUUGUUUAGAUUUGUCUCCUAAUUUGAUGUAGAAACGUAGUAAAUACAAAUAGAAAUCAAGCAUAAUAUCAA